AUGUCUUCUCCGCCACCAACGAAGCCCCCUCGGGGCGUAAAACAAGGAAAAGAAACUAGCGGUCUCCUAAUGUCUGUUAUACGGACCUUAUCAGCAAGUGAGACAAAUGAGCAACGUGAAAAAGAGAGGGCUAAGCUGGAAAAGGAGUACAAAAAGAGUGAUGCCAGACUUGAUGAGCUAGUUGCUGCACAUUCACAAGAAAUUACAGAAGUCAUGCAGGAACUGUUCCAUACCCAUAAAUCAAUUAUUAAAAUAGCUUUAAGAUAUUACGUCACAGGCAGUCACUUGCUUGCUGCGGCGGAUAUGGGUGGCGUUAGUUUGGCUCCGUCCAGCCGGAUAGUAAAGAUCUUCUCAAGCAAUUGUAUCCCUACGUCGAUAGUUCAUCAUUUUCCAAUACAAAUAGAGACCAAGACAGUUGACAUAGAGUUCUAUGGUAUAGCUAGAUUCCCUAAUGUACUAUUGCUGUAUUGA